GAGGAGGUGUUAAUAAAGAUGGAAUCAAAUCUUGUGAAAUUCGCUAAUAAUGUUGACUAUCAUUUGUUCUUACAACUGUUUGAACAUGUAGAGGCCACAGCUCAGCUUGAUAAGCAAGCUGUCGCUGCUCAAAAACUGAAGAUUCUCAGCAAGACUUAUCUCUUUGAUAAGAUUUCAACAACUGCUGCAGAGGCAAAAGUAGAGAACACUGAUGAAGAUAAGAAAGCCUUUGAUGAAAAAUUAGCUACAUUGAAGGCAGAGUCUGACAAGGUUAUUUCAAGUAUUGAUAAGGCAUCUGAUGAAGAAAGAGAAUCAGUUUUUCAAUAUGCUAAAGCUCUAUAUGAGAAUGGAAAAUAUUCUGAAAGUCAGAAAAUUCUUAAAGAAAUCUCCACUGUCAUGAAAAGCAGACAAUUACUCAGCUCUCAGUGGGGAUUGUUAAACAUCAGUGUUCUUACAAACAAUUACAAGGCAGCCACUGAGCAAUUUGAGACUCUUGAGGCAAUGAUUUACAGAGAAAGAAUAUCUGAAUCAGAAAAAUUAGUUCAAAGGAACAUGCUACUCAACGUUGCUCUGUUCCUUUACAAGAAGCACCAUUCUGCUGAGGAUCUUUUCAGCUUCUUCCACAAGUAUGAAUCAGUGCUUGCUGCUGGCUCAAUCCACUUAUUGAGGUAUUACAUCGCUGUAGCUUUGUUGAAGGCUGAUUUUGAUGUGCUUAAUGGCUCAAUCCUUCCAAUCAUCCAGUCUGAGUCUUACAGAUAUCAGGAUAGUUUCACUCAGUUCAUUGAGGCUCUUCUUGAAGACUUCGAUUAUGAGCGUGCUGAAGGAUUCAUCAGCAAAAUGGAGAGUCUUUGUGACAAAGACUACUUCUUGAGCACUGUUAAAGAUCAAAUCUCCACAGCUGCCAAGAACCUUGUCCUCUCUGUUUACGGAAUUGUACAUAAGAACCAGGAUAUCAGCCCCUUUGUAAAGAAGCUAGGAGGAACUCAGGCUGAUGUAGGCACCUUUAAGCAUGAGCCACUUAAGAAUAAUGAAGACAAAAACAUCGAGAAUAGGCUGAAAGACCUAGAACAAGCAACUUCCAGCUUUUUGGAGAGUUUGAAUUAG